GCUGCCGCGCCCCCUGAGGCCGCGCCCCCUGAGGCCGCGCCCCCUCGGCGGGAGGGCCACGCCCCCGCAGCGCCAUGGCGGGGCUGGGGCGCGCGCUGGUGCAAGUGCACGUGCGGCGGGGUGGGGCGGGGCGGCCCGCGAGCUUCGGGCAGAGCGUCACCAGCACCUUCUGCCCCACGGCUGAGGACGCGGCCGUGGUGAGCUGCGGGCUGCACCGCGGCCACUUCCUCCUCUCAGACGAGGCCUUCCCUGGCUCCACCCUCACCCUCCUCGAGCGCCCCCGGUCCUGCCCCGCCAAGCUCCUGGGGUCGCCGCCGCUCGCCCUCCCCGCCGAGCUGCGGGGCCGGGGGGUGGUGGCGGGGGUGGCCGUGCUGCUGCGGGCCAGCACCGGCCACAUCCUGCUCACCCGCCGCGCCAGCACCCUCCGUGUCUUCCCCAACGCCUGGGUGCCGCCUGGUGGGCACGUGGAGCCAGGCGAAGAGCUGCUGGCCACGGGCCUGCGGGAGCUGGAGGAGGAGACGGGGCUGCGCCUGGAAGCCGGGACCUUCUCCUGGCGGAUGCUCGGCCUCUGGGAGUCCGUCUAUCCGCCCACGCUGAGCCAGGGGCUGCCGCGCCGCCACCACGUCGUCGCCUACCUGCUGCUGCUCUCCGCCGAGCCCCACGAGCGGCUGGAGGGCAGGAUGCGUCCCAGCGAGAGCGAGGUGAGCGCCUACGCCUGGCUGGAGCCCCCCGUCCUGGAGGCCAUCGCGGCCACGGAAGAGGGAGCCGAGAGCUUGGGGAACGUCCCCAGCGCCCUGCCGGCCACCGUGGGCAUCACGGAGCUGAGCCGCGGCUCCUCCAGCAGCACCCAGCUCCCGACCGCGGCCCUCCUGAACGCGGCCGAAGGGGAGGACGUGGAACGCCUCAGCGCCGGCACCAGGUUCGCCCUCCGGCGCUGGCUGGAGUCCCUGGGGGAGCGGGAGCGAGGCCGGCCCGAGGGCAGCGGCGCCCCAGCCUGCGCCCGCCCCCCGAUGCAAUAAAAUGGCUGCCAGCGGGA